AUGCCACUAUUCGCCACGCAGAAUGAUCCUCCAUUAGGCCCAGCAAUGACUAUUACACCUUCAAUCUCGGAGCUCGAAUCAACCUCCAAGUCGGUUUUUGAACACAUAGUCCCAUCCAUGACGAAAGGCAGCACAUUAGUUGAUCAUGUUAUCACAUUGCUUGAGAAUUUCAAAUUCCAGGCCGAUAAGCACAAGAAGCUAGGCUAUUGCGAUUAUGGAGUGGCAUUUGUUUCCUUUCGAGUUAGUCAAAUGCUUCUUGAUUCUGCAAGUGAGCUCAAUCUGCCAAAAAUUGAAAGCUUCUUGAUUCAGAUUCGAGAGGCCCUUGAAAAUCAACGAGGUAACUUCAACAUUAUGUGUGCAUGCAUUCAUCAGGAAGCUAAGUCUGUGGCUGAUGACCCAUUAUUGCAACGAUUCUCAAAGUUAAAGGGUAAUAUCAACGGAAUGGAUGUUUCUCAGUACAAAAAAAGUGACAGUAUUUCUCCUCAAUGUUUGAAUCAAUUGAUCAGAAAGAUACCCCAAAGUAUUUUGCUCCUUGACUUCAGAAGCAAGAAAGAAUAUUCUUACAGUCAUAUCAACUUCCUGAAUGUUGUGAAUAUUGAACCAUCCUUGGUAAAGCUGUUGUUAGAAAAACAACCAAACGCGAAAGACUCAGACCUCGAAGAUUGUUUGAGAAGCAAAUUAGAACCUGAGAAGUUCGCCAUGUUUAGCAACAGACAUAAGUAUGAUAUUGUUGUCAUCUAUAAUUUGAGGUUCGGUGGUGCAGCUAGUGAUCGAUUUAUUUCAUUGGAGCAACUGCUAUUAAAUGGUGACAAGGAUGGGCUUGCGUAUGCCAAUCCAUUCCUUAAGCUAAUAGACUUGCUCAUGUUCCGCACGAAGUAUUUGAGUUCAGUUUUGCGUCAGUAUCCUCUUUAUCUUAGUGGUGGGUUGCAUAAAUGGUAUCAGACUUUCGGGGAAGGCAGCUUAACUAAUGUGGUCUCCAAUGACUCUACCUUGAACAAAUUGUCCCAGAAACCUCUGGAUGGCACGCAGGCUAUGAAAAACAGUAUUUAUCUUCGAAAUUUCAGUGACUAUUUGAUUAGUGCUCAUUCACAUUCCACGGAUUAUAGCGCGCUUAUCCCAGAAUCCGAAGGUGUUAAGGCGAAUUCGGAUUCAGUCAUUCCAGCUUCCAAAAUGGAACCUGCUUCUCAUAAGGGAGUGGAUAGUUCCCCUAUGAAACUUAUCUCUCGGCCUAAGACAGUUCAGGAGGUCUCUCGGAAAGUGGAGAAGAACAAUGUACCAGCGGGAAGACCUCAAACAGAAAAUUCUUCAGAUGAUUUCUUGAAACUGUUUGCAACGGGUCUCACAAAUCUAGGGAAUUCCUGUUACAUGAACUGUAUCAUCCAGUGUCUUGCUGCUACACCUCAAAUGACAGAUUUUUUCUUCAAGAAAGGAGACAAAUCUGCGGAACCCUCCUACAAACAACACAUAAACAUGAACAACAAGCUUGGCACCAAAGGUGUCAUAACUACAAGCUAUGUGAAGCUUCUUUCAAAUAUGUUGAACAACAGCGGUGGGUCAUUUUCACCCAAUGUUUUCAAGAAGAUUAUGGGCUCUUUGUCUCCGGGAGCGCAAUUUGCAAAUUCCGACCAGCAAGACUGUGUUGAGUUUUUGAAUUACAUUUUAGAUUCUUUGCAUGAGGAUUUGAACCAGCGGGCAGUGAAGAAUGCUGAGGAGCGGGCUUCUAUUAUGGAACUCUCAACAGAACAAGAACGUGCCAGAGAAGUGCUUCCAAUUAGGUUGGCUUCUACUAUUGAGUGGGAACGCUAUCUUAAACUUAAUUUCUCUGUCAUUGUUGACUAUUUCCAGGGACAGUAUUUGUCACAGUUGAAAUGUUUGGUAUGUCAACUUACAUCUACGACUUACAACACGUUUUCUGUCUUAUCCUUACCCAUACCAGAGAGCGAUGCAAGAUAUCCUCGGUCUGUACUGUUGUCUCAGUGUUUGGAUUUGUUUACUGAAACCGAGCUUUUGGACGACGAUAAUAAAUGGCACUGUCCUCGCUGCAAUACGUUUACGAGGCUGACGAAGAAAAUUUCUAUCACAAGAUUACCAAAGGCACUUAUAAUACAUUUUAAAAGAUUUGGGUACGAAUCAAGUGGCAGAUUUAAGAAACUUGACACGUUCAUAAAAUAUCCAGUGAAUGAUGAGUUGGACCUAACCUCAUACUGGCCAGAAGUUGGCAGCUACACCAAGGAAGAUUCAUCAGCUAGAAUCAGUGUUGAGAAAGAACGCGAGCUACUAGCAACAAUGCCAGUUCGGAACCAGAGUCCUCCUUUCAAGUACAAGUUGUAUGGUGUUGUAAAUCAUUUUGGAAACUUGACCACGGGGCAUUACACUUCUUAUGUCAAAAAAGAGAAAGGCUGGUGCUAUUUCGAUGAUGCUAAAGUGACUGUUGGUUGUGAUGAAUCCUCUGUUUUGACCAAAUCGGCGUAUUGCUUAUUCUAUCAGAGGGUUUAG